UUAAAAUCCACUGUGGCUGCAGAACGCUUGGAUACAUGAACGCUUAUCGAUGUACAGCAUAGCUCCUGGCACCAUAUUCUUCUUGUUAAGAGAAUAAUAAACAGGAAGAGAAUUAGUCAGAAAAUGACUGACAUGUACACUGGCGAAUGCUAAUGCAGGGAAUAAAAUACGGUAUCCAAUUGGGUUUAAGAAGAACGGCGGGAUUUCCUGUGCGUUACCCAAUCUUGGAGGCCCCACCCUUUGUGUUUCCCGCACCGUCAAUCAAAAUAGAAACGAUUGACUAGAAUCACCGAUUGCAGCCAGCCUUCGAUUACUGUAAUCAUGUUUCGCUUGUGAUAAUACAGAUUCUGCGAAAUAAAAUAAUUGACGCAAUGACUGGUAUGUAAUGUUCAACCUAAACAUCGGUAUGUUUGCACCCUUUAGCUAAGCUAAUGUUAGCUAGCUGGCUAAUCUUUUUCCAACAGCUUAGCCAAGAGUGAACGUUAGCGUGCAUGCUAGCCACAACUACCACAUACGUAGCUAGCUAAGGCUUCAGACAGUUUGAUCAACUCCACACCGCAGCUGUAAUGGAGGUCAGUCCAGCUUGAAGUGUUACGUUAUAGCUAGUGGAAUAGCUAGAAACACAUUUUCCGUGUGGAGAUUUAACUUAACUCUGGUUUGUUUUGCUCCGUUUUCUUCUUUUUGUACCUUGUGACGUUAGCCCCAGAACAGCCAGUGAAACAAGAGGAAAUGGCUGCCUUGGACGUGGACAGCAGUCAAAGCAAGUUUCUGCAGCAAGACUGUGGCACAGGAGAUCAGGUAGCUACCGUUACUAUUUAGAAAUUGCCCUCGUAUGCUUCUCGGUUAGCGUUUCAGUAAGUGCGUGGUGCUUUGUGAAGUUCACACGUUUUAACAUUUGUAGUAAAAGUAGAACUUCCUGUGUGGCUCCGGACUAACGGCCACCCACUUUCUUCCUUUUAAACCCGCCCAUUGUGGGUAGGACACUCAGUCGUCAUCGCUUGCUCUGCUGGCAGCUACCUGCAGCAAGAUCGAGUCGGCAUCAUCAGAUGGGGGUAACGGUGCUGCCGUUGUAGUGGUAAGUCACCACCUCUGGCUCUGCUAGAAUGUAGUCGACCCCAAAAUGUAGCUAUCUUUAAUCAAUAGAACGCGAGUUGUGUCGGCAGAGAUAUGCCCAAAGGCCAUCAUGUAGUGUGCUCAUAUUUGGAUCACACACUAUAAAGUUAGGGUUCUCAUGCACCUCUAGACAAACAUUACUAUGGUCAUUAAACUCCUGUAAACCAAUCUUCAAAUAUGUUGCUAAAUCGUGUGAACAAGCAGCACCAAGCUCUUAUUCCAAUAUUCUUCAUGAAUGGUAAUACCUUUUGUGAUUUCUAUGCACGUGGUGAUUCAUAACUAAUCAUGCUGUGGUGAUUCAUAACUAAUCAUGCUGUGGUGAUUCAUAACUAAUCAUGCUAUGCCUUUUCCAACUGGCUGAAUACAAUAAAUACAAUAAAUAAUUGGUCUUGCUGUUUUUUAUGUAAGUAAAUAUUUCACUGCUAUGUCUAACAUUACAUAAUUAAUGUCAAUGUUGCAAUCUGCAUCUUAAUGAUGCACCUUCUCUGCAAAUGAAUUGUUUUUAUUCACCAAAACAAUAUUUUUUAUUCCGCAGACGACAGACCUAACAUCCAUCCAGUUAACAGGGAACCCAGAUAGAUGGGAGGUUUUGACCCCCACAACAACACGGAAGGAGGAACCUGGCAUGUUCCAGAGUCAGGGGAUCGGGACAUCAAAUGGACAGUAUGUUCUUCCUCUCCAGAACCUUCAGAGCCAACCAAUCUUUGUGACAUCAGGAAGCGACACCUCCGCCAACGCAGUGCCUAACAUUCAGUACAUUCAGACAGCUGAUGGACAGCAACUAAGCUUCUCCACCUCCAGUGUGGAGGGGGCCACUCUGAGCCAAGAUGCCACAGGGCAGAUCCAGAUCUUGCCAGAAGGAACUCAGACUAUAAGUGUGACUGGGGCUGUAGACAUCCUUACUAACAACCAGAACCUCAUAUCACAGACUGGUCAGGUCCAGCAUAUCCAGGGAGUUUCUAUCGGCAGCUCCACCUUUAACAACCAGGGUCAGGUUGUCACUAAUGUGCCUAUGGGGUUGCCAGGGAACAUCACCUUUGUCCCCAUUAGCAGUGUGGACUUGGACUCCCUGGGCCUCUCUGGUGCUCAGACUAUAGCAACAGGGGUAACUUCUGAUGGCCAGCUCAUUAUGACCAGUCAGCCUGUGGACAGCUCUGAGAGUUUGGAGAAGACAGGUGACCAGCUCUCACAAACACUAUCUGUAAAUGACUCGAAUGCUAAUGCAGACAUGUAUGUGCCAACGUCCUCCGCCCAGCUGCCUGAGGCCAUGGAUGAGACGGGUGUUCUAACCCACGCCACAGAGCAGACAGACCCCUCUGGUCUCCAGGAGGGCUACAUUCAGCAGAACCAGGUCCAGAACAUCCAGGUGUCCUCCGGCCAGUCCAUCAUCCAGCUGCAGCAGGUGCCAGUCCAGACCAGUGAUGGUCAGGUGGUGCAGGCAGCAGGGGGGCAUACCAUGCAGAACGUUCAGCUCAUCAACCCAGGGACCUUCAUCAUCCAGGCCCAGACCGUCACGGCCUCAGGGCAGAUCCAGUGGCAAACCUUUCAGGUGCAGGGGGUCCAGAACCUCCAGAACCUCCAGCUGCCCACCAACCCAGCCCAGCAGAUCACCCUUGCCCCAUUGCAAACCCUGUCUCUGGGCCAGGGAGGAGCGCAACAGAUCCCCAACCUGCAGACUGUGACCGUCAACUCUUUGGUCCAGGCAGGCAUUCAGUACCAGCAGGCAGAGGACACCGACAGCCCUGGAGGUAUGGUCUCCUCCUGCAUCAUGCACACAUCAAGCAGACAUGCACAACAUAAUAGUGGAGAACACUGAGUGGAGCAGUGGUUUAAGGCACUGCAUCGCAGUGCUAGCUGUGCCACUAGAGAUCCUGGUUCGAAUCCAGGCUCUGUCGUAGCCGGCCGCGACCGGGAGACCCAUGGGGCGGCGCACAAUUGGCCCAGCGUCGUCCAGGGUAGGGGAGGGAAUGGCCGGCAGGGAUGUAGCUCAGUUGGUAGAGCAUGACGUUUGCAACGCCAGGGUUGUGGGUUCGAUUCCCACGGGGGGGCAGUAUGAAAAAUAAAUAAAAAUAAUGUAUGCACUCACUAACUGUAAGUCGCUCUGGAUAAGAGCGUCUGCUACAGUGGGGGAAAAAAAGUAUUUAGUCAGCCACCAAUUGUGCAAGUUCUCCCACUUAAAAAGAUGAGAGAGGCCUGUAAUUUUCAUCAUAGGUACACGUCAACUAUGACAGACAAAUUGAGAAUUUAUUUUCCAGAAAAUCACAUUGUAGGAUUUUUAAUGAAUUUAUUUGCAAAUUAUGGUUGAAAAUAAGUAUUUGGUCACCUACAAACAAGAAAUAUUUCUGGCUCUCACAGACCUGUAACUUCUUCUUUAAGGGGCUCCUCUGUCCUCCACUCGUUACCUGUAUUAAUGGCACCUGUUUGAACUUGUUAUCAGUAUAAAAGACACCUGUCCACAACCUCAAACAGUCACACUCCAAACUCCACUAUGGCCAAUACCAAAGAGCUGUCAAAGGACAGAAACAAAAUUGUAGACCUGUACCAGGCUGGGAAGACUGAAUCUGCAAUAUGUAAGCAGCUUGGUUUGAAGAAAUCAACUGUGGGAGCAAUUAUUAGGAAAUGGAAGACAUACAAGACCACUGAUAAUCUCCCUCGAUCUGGGGCUCCACGCAAGCUUUCACCCCGUGGGGUCAAAAUGAUCACAAGAACGGUGAGCAAAAAUCCCAGAACCACACGGGGGGACCUAGUGAAUGACCUGCAGAGAGCUGGGACCAAAGUAACAAAGCCUACCAUCACUAACACACUACGCCGCCAGGGACUCAAAUCCUGCAGUGCCAGACGUGUCCCCCUGCUUAAGCCAGUACAUGUCCAGGCCCGUCUGAAGUUUGCUAGAGUGCAUUUGGAUGAUCCAGAAGAGGAUUGGGAGAAUGUCAUAUGGUCAGAUGAAACCAAAAUAGAACUUUUUGGUAAAAACUCAACUCGUCGUGUUUGGAGGACAAAGAAUGCUGAGCUGCAUCCAAAGAACACCAUACCUACUGUGAAGCAUGGGGGUGGAAACAUCAUGCUUUGGGGCUGUUUUUCUGCAAAGGGACCAGGACGACUGAUCCCUGUAAAGGAAAGAAUGAAUGGGGCCAUGUAUCGUGAGAUUUUGAGUGAAAACCUCCUUCCAUCAGCAAGGGCAUUGAAGAUGAAACGUGGCUGGGUCUUUCAGCAUGACAAUGAUCCCAAACACACCGCCCGGGCAACGAAGGAGUGGCUUCGUAAGAAGCAUUUCAAGGUCCUGGAGUGGCCUAGCCAGUCUCCAGAUCUCAACCCCAUAGAAAAUCUUUGGAGGGAGUUGAAAGUCCGUGUUGCCCAGCGACAGCCCCAAAACAUCACUGCUCUAGAGGAGAUCUGCAUGGAGGAAUGGGCCAAAAUACCAGCAACAGUGUGUGAAAACCUUGUGAAGACUUACAGAAAACGUUUGACCUGUGUCAUUGCCAACAAAGGGUAUAUAACAAAGUAUUGAGAAACUUUUGUUAUUGACCAAAUACUUAUUUUCAACCAUAAUUUGCAAAUAAAUUCAUUAAAAAUCCUACAAUGUGAUUUUCUGGAUUUUUUUUUCUCAUUUUGUCUGUCAUAGUUGACGUGUACCUAUGAUGAAAAUUACAGGCCUCUCAUCUUUUUAAGUGGGAGAACUUGCACAAUUGGUGGCUGACUAAAUACUUUUUUUCUCCACUGUAAAUGACUAAAAUGUAAAAUGUAAACACUGGUGGUUGUACAGCGCCUUUGAAAGUAUUCACACACCUUGACUUAUUCCACAUUUAGUUGUGCUACAGCCUGAAUUUCAAAUUGAUAACAUUUAGAUUUUUUUGUCACUGGCCUACAGACAAUACCCCAUAAUGUCAAAGUGGAAUUAUGUUUUUCUAAAGUUGUACAAAUUAAUUAAAAAUGAAAAUUUAAAAUGUCUUGAGUCAAUAAGUAUUCAACCCCUUUGUUAUGGCAAGCCUAAAUAAGUUCAGGAGUAAGAAUGUGCUUAACAAGUCACAUUGGUCUCCCGAGUGGCGCAGUGGUCUAAGGCACUGCAUCGCAGUGCUAGCUGUGCCACUAGAGAUCCUGGUUCAAAUCCAGGCUCUGUCGUAGCCGGCCGUGACUGGGAGACCCAUGGGGCGGCGCACAAUUGGCCCAGCGUCGUCCAGGGUAGGGGAGGGAAUGGCCAGCAGGGAUGUAGCUCAGUUGGUAGAGGAUAGCGUUUGCUAUGGCAGGGUUGUGGGUUAGAUUCCCAUGGGGGGCCUGUAUGUAAAAAAUAAUGUAUGCACUCACUAACUGUAAGUCGCUCUGGAUAAGAGCGUCUGCUAAAUGACUAAAAUGUAAAUGUAAAUAAUAAGUUUCAUGGACUCACUCUGUGUGCAACAGUGGAGGCUGGUGGGAGGAGCUAUAGGAGGACGGGCUCAUUGUAAUGGCUGGAAUGGAACGGUAUCAAACAUAUGGAAACCACAUGUUUGACACCAUUCCAUUCCAGCCAUUACUAUGAGCCUGUCCUCCUAUAGCUCCUCCCACCAGCCUCCACUGGUGUGCAAUAAUAGUGUUUAUCAUGAAUUUUUACUACCUCAUCUCUGUACCCCACACAUACAAUUAUCUGUAAGGUCCCUCAGUUGAGCAGUGAAUUUAAAACACAGAAUCAACCAAAAAGACCAGGGAGAUUUUCCAAUGCCUCGUAAAGGGCACCUAUUGGUAGAUGGGUUUAAAAAAAUUAUAUCCCAUUGUGAAGUUAUCAAUUACACUUUGGAUGGUGUAUCAAUACACCCAGUCACUACAAAACUACAAAGAUACAGGUUUCCUUUCUAACUCAGUUGCCGGAGAGGAAGGAAACCGCUCAGGGAUUUCACCAUGAGGCCAAUGGGGACUUUAAUACAGUUACAGAGUUGAAUGGCUGUGAUAGGAGAACUGAGGAUGGAUAAACAACAUUGUAGUUAGUCCACAAUACUAAUCUAAUUGACAGAAUGAAAAUAAAGAAGCCUGUACAGAAUACAAAUAUUCUAAAACAUGCAUCCUGUUUGCAACAAGGCACUAAAGUAAUACUGCAACAAAUGUGGCAAAGCAAUUCACUUUUUGUCCAGAAUACAAAGUGUUAUGUUUGGGGCAAAUUCAUUGCAACACAUUACUGAGUACCACUAUCCAUAUUUUCAAGCAUAGUGGUGGCUACAUCAUGUUAUGGGUAUAAAUGUAAUCGUUAAGGACUGGGGAGUUUUUCAGGAUAAAAAAGAAACAGAAUGGAGCUAAGCACAGGCAAAAUCCUAGAGAAAAACUGGUUGUCUGCUUUCCACCAGACAUUGAGAGAUGAAUUCACCUUUCAGCAGGACAAUAACCCAAAACACAAGGCCAAAUCUACACCGGAGUUGCUUACCAAGAAGACUGUGAAUGUUCCUGAGUGGCAGAGUUACAGUUUUGACUUAAAUCUGCUUGAAAAUCUAUGGCAAGACCUGAAAAUGGUUGUCUAGCAAUGAUCAACAACCAAUUUGACUGUAUUUUGAAAAGAAUAAUGGGCAAAUGUUGCACAAUCCAGGUGUUGAAAGCUCUUAGAGACUUACCCAGAAAGACUCACAGCUGUAAUGGAGCAGGUUUUCAUGAAGGAUCUCUGUACUUUGCUCCGUUCAUCUUUCCCUCGAUCCUGACUAGUCUCCCAGUCCCUGCCGCUGAAAAACAUCCCCACAGCAUGAUGCUGCCACCACCAUGCUUCACCGUAGGGAUGGUGCCAGGUUUCCUCCAGAACUCCAAGCGGGCUGUCAUGUGCCUUUUACUGAGGAGUGGCAUCCGUCUGGCUACUCUACCGUAAAGGCCUGAUUGGAGUGCUGCAGAUAUGGUUGUCCUUCUGGAAGGUUCUCCCAUCUCCACAGAGGAACUCUGGAGCUCUGUCAGAGUGACCAUCGGGUUCUUGGUCACAUCCCUGACCAAGGCCUUUCUCCCCCGAUUGCUCAGUUUGGCCGGGCGGCCAGCUCUAAGAAGAGUGUUGGUGGUUCCAAACUUCUUCCAUUUAAGAAUGAUGAUUUGUUUAACACUUUUUUCAUUACUACAUGAUUACAUGUAUGUUAUUUCAUAGUUUUGAUGUCUUCACUAUUAUUCUACAAUGUAGAAAAUAGUAAAAAUAGAGAAAAGCUCUGGAAUGAGUAGGUGUGUCCAAACUUUUGACUGGUACUGUAUAUACAUUUGCAAAAAAAUAAAUAAUAGUUUUCUCUUUAUUAUUAUGGGGUAUUGUGUGUAGAUUGAUGAGGAUCAUUUAUUUAAUCCAUUUUAGAAUAAGGAUGUAACCUAACAAAAUGUGGAAAAAGUCAAGGGGUCUGAAUACUUUCCGAAUGCACUGAAUGUAUGAAAACAUGGGGGUCUGAAAAAAAAGAUAAUCCGCAGAAAGUAGACUAUUUAAUUAUUGAGUCACAUGAUGUAAGCCUCCUGAGGCAUCAGGCAUGAUUUACGCUGCUCUGGGGAGGAUUAUUAGCUGUAUAUUAUUGUCUGGUUGUUGUUUUCUUUAUAAGAAAAUAUUUGCAAACUUGUUAUUGUAAGAACAAACAUUUAACAACAGAACACGUGUGUGUGUGUGUGUGUGUGUGUGUAACAAUAACAACAUUUUCAGCCCAAUAGCUGAAAAAUCUGUCGAUGUGCCCUUGAGCAUGGCACUUAACCCUAAUUGUAAGUUGCUCUGGAUAAGAGCGUCUGCUAAAUGACUAAAAUAAAAAAAUGUAAACAAUUCUCUGACCAGGUAGUUAACACCCUUUAUAGAUCUGUGAGAUAUAAUGUAAACAAGCAUAUUAUAAAUUAUUUGAAGAUUUGAAGGGAGUAUAAAUCAUCAAAUGGUUUUGUGUCAAGCUAUCCAUCCACACAUUGUCAAGUUUGAACAGGGGUUUUUAAUUUGUUCAUAGCCAAACUGUCAUGAAAUCCUUUUUAAAGCAUUUAGCGAAGAAGCACUUUUCACUGUGAGGCUUUUGCAGUCCAUUUAGCAUGCAAUUGUUAAAGCUUGUGUUGAUAUUGAUGUGUGGAUUGAUUGGUCUCCCUCCAGACGUCCAGAUAAAGGAGGAGCCGGACUCAGAGGACUGGCAGCUGGGCAGUGACUCCACUCUGAACACCAGUGACCUUUCCCACCUGCGUGUCAGGCUAGAGGAUGAGGAGGACCAGCUCGGCGAGGGGGGCAAGCGGCUACGCAGGGUGGCCUGCACUUGCCCCAACUGCAAAGAGGCUGGGGGGAGGUGAGUGAGCUCAUACCGUGUACCCUGCUUAUAGCGACUACGCUUAUAAUAAUAAAUAAUAAUAUGCCAUUUAGCAGACGCUUUUAUCCAAAGCGACUUACAGUCAUGCGUGCAUACAUUUUUUUUUUUUGUGUAUGGGUGGUCCCGGGGAUCGAACCCACUACCUUGGCGUUACAAGCGCCGUGCUCUACCAGCUGAGCUACAGAGGACCAGCUUACAGUGCUCAACAGCUUAUAGUGGUCAGAAAACGCUAGAUAGAGUCUUUCCUAUACAUUUGGUGUUUAAAUGACUAGUUCUCAAGGUUUUGGGGUCUGAAUGGGAAAGAUAAAUGUUUUCAUAUAUUUUGUAUUAACUCCAUUGCCCUCUGUCUGGUUACUAACACAGUCCUACUGUACCCCCCCCAAAAAAAGUUGCAAAUCUUGACUGUUGACCGGUCACCAGCAUUGGCGCGCAAAGGCCCAAAAAACAGAGCAAGUUCACGUCUAUAUAGCUGUAAAUACAGUAUAUGAGUGUGUUUGUUUGUGUUCUCUCAGAGGAUCCAACAUGGGGAAGAAGAAGCAACACAUCUGUCACAUUCCGGGCUGUGGGAAGGUGUACGGGAAGACGUCCCACCUGCGAGCGCACCUGCGCUGGCACUCUGGGGAGCGGCCCUUCGUCUGCAGCUGGAUGUACUGUGGGAAGAGGUUCACACGCAGCGACGAACUGCAGAGACACAGGAGGACACACACAGGUGCACCCUCACUCACCUCAACAUUUGCAUUACAUUUUACAUUUGAAAACCUACCCUGUAGGCUGCGCUUUUCACCCAUGUAAAGUGUACUCUUCUGUCUUCGGAAAGAUAUCAUUCAGUAUAAAAGCAUUAGUCCUGUAAAACAGAUUACAUAAUGAGUUCAUAGUAGUGAUGUAGAAGUGACAUGGUUUGGUCUGUCCUACUGUUAAAACUUUUCUGGUCUCUCUCUGUCUGUGACAGGGGAGAAGAAGUUUGUCUGCCCAGAAUGUUCCAAGCGCUUCAUGCGGAGCGACCACCUAGCCAAGCACAUUAAAACUCACCGGAACAAGAAAGGAGGCAUGAACUCAGUGAGCAAUGCGGUGGUGGCCUCCAUGGAAUCCGCCGGCUCGUCAGACAGCAUCAUCACGGCGGGCGGCACCACCCUCAUCCUCACCAACAUCCAGCAGGGCUCCAGUAACUCCCAGGACAUCCUGGCCAAUGCUGAGAUCCCCCUGCAACUGGUCACUGUAGCAGCCGGAGAAGUCCUGGAGAUGGCCGAGUCAAAGUGACACUCUCUUGCUCAAUAACUCUUCAUGAAAUUCUGCAUCACUCAUUUUCCCUGCUUGUUGUUUUUAUAUACA